CAAGAUUAUACAUAGAUCAUGUGGUGAACUGUUCACGUUUGCUUACCGGAGACAACAAUUACACACUAGAAAUUAUAAAAAAAUUGCCCACUUUUAACGAAACUCUUACAGAUGACUACUACAUUAAUGUAACUCAGAACUGUGAAACUUUUCGUCAAAAUAGAGGAUACAUAAUGUCAUCUUUGACAGAGGAAGAAAGAGAAUUUCCAAUAGCAUUUUCUAUUUUAACUUUUAAAAACUCAGAAAUGGUGGAACGAUUGUUGCGAGCCAUCUACAGACCACAAAAUUAUUACUGCAUUCAUGUGGACCUAAAGUCGCCUGAUUCAUUUUUCCUUUCAAUCUCUUCUAUAGCUAAAUGUUUUUCUAACAUUUUUCUGUCGAGUAAAAGAAUUAACGUAAAUUGGGGAAUGUUUAGUGUAUUAGAACCAGAGCUGUUAUGUAUGCAGGAACUUUGGCCAUACAAAAAAUGGAAAUAUUAUAUCAACCUGACGGGACAGGAGUUUCCAUUAAGGACGAAUUUUGAGCUGGUGAACAUACUGAAAGCUUACAAUGGGGCUAAUAAUAUUGAAGGCAUCAUAAAAAGGUUUUUUUUUUUCUGUCUAUAAUUUUUACCUGAAAAUAUCUUUUAAUGUACACUAUUACCUGAUGAUAUUAACAUUUUAAAGACAUAUAAAUACAUCCUAACAAUUUCAUGAGAUGAUUUAGAUAUUUUCAAAACAAAUACAAGUAUUAAUUUAAAAAAAAAAAUCUUAUGACGUUUUGCUCCAAAUUUGUAGGAUUAUUUGACAUUUACAUUUUGCUACUGACAUUAUUUUAAAAAACAAAUUUGUAUUAUAAUACCAUCCAACUUCUUGAGUAAGUUAAGUGAUUCAUCUUCAAUGGCCUUAACUUGGUGGGCCUAACUUUCUUUAAAAUAUGUUGUCAUAUCUAAUUGCGUCCUUUUUAUAGGUGUUCCCAUACUUUGUUUAGCACAUCUCCUAUUAAAAUUUAAUUACGUCAGUCUGAACAUUCCAGGACUUCAUGAGCUUGUUUAUGUUUUCAUAGCUUGCCUCUGUCCCCAAAAUCUUGUAUGUUUUUAACUAAAAAGUAUGCACUAAUUUCAUGCGUUUACAAUUCAGAAAUAUUCCAAAGAAUUGUUUAUUUUAAACGGCUAAUUUUCUUCAUAAAAUAUUUGUAAUCACAUUUUAAAAAUGUUUUAUUAUAUAUAUAUAUAUUUAAAAAUGUACUUUACCUUUUAAUCUUUAGAGCGAACAAAGAUCGAUGGAAAAACCGCCCCCCUCCCUUUGGACUAAGACCUGUGAAAGGAGCAGUACACUUAACUGCCAGCAGGUACUCCUGUAAAUAAAUACAAAGAUAAAUAGCUAUUUAUUUCUAUUUAUUUCAGGAGAAUGCUUAAGAUAUUCUUGUUUUAAAUAAGAUAAAAUAAAAUAUUUGAUAAAUGCAUUGAUCCAGGAGAAAAAAAAAUAUAUCUAUCUCGCACACAUGACAGCCAGUCUAAAAAUUCUACAUAAAAUUUAUCAAAGAACUAACAAUAAAAGUUACUAAUUGAUCCUUAAACUAGUUCACAUAUUUGGAAGUAAUUAUGUUCAUGGAAUCUUUAUUUAAAGUUUAUUAAUCGCGGAUUUAGGCCAGAAUUGCAUCUAAACAGAAACACAGAUCAUAAAGUGUUGUUUUUCUUAAAUUUCUUGUUAAAUGUAUUUGUUUUUUAAAAUUGUUUUUUUUGAAGCGUCUAAUUAUAUUGAGUUUUGGUAUAUCAAAUAUUUACAUAUCAAACUUUAUGGUCAAUUAUUUAUAAAUUAUUUUCAAUGUGCAUUUUAUUUUGAUGGACGUCUACUGAUUCGUCUAUGAUGUGUUUAAAGGCAUUUUGUGGAUUUUCUUCUCCACAACGAGACUGCACUGGCUGUUCUCGACUGGACCAAAACUAUUCAAGUACCCGACGAAGCCUACUUUUCAACUCUGAACUUUAACCCCCUGCUUGGCUUGCGUGGCACAUAUAGAGGUACGGAGGACGUUAAGAAACAAAGUUUACGAACGUGUGAUGGCGCUUAAAUUUAUCGACUUUAUUGGUAAUAAAGCUGACUGGGCUGUACAGAGUGAGGUAUAUUUUAAAAGUUUAAAUUUAUAGCCUAACAUUAUGGUUAUAUGUAUAUUUAUACAAAUAUAUAUAUAUGAAUAAUAUAUAUAUAUAUGAAUAAUAUAUAUAUAUAUAUAUAUAUAUAUAUAUGUAUAUGAAUGUGUAUAUAUAUAGUAUGUAGAUAUAUAGAUAUAUAUAAAUAUAUAUAUAUUUCGUAAGUAUAAUAUAUAAGCUAGAACUUUAAUAAAUCUAUAUAUAUAAAAGUAACAUAUUGGACGUUACAUGAGAAAGAUAUCUUCAGUUAGAUUUUAAUGAUAAUUUCUUUCGAUUUGCAUUAUACUUAGCUAGGUCAUAAUGCUUGACUCUUUUUAUUAUUUUUCUGGGUUUUAAAAUCAAAUCAAUCUAUUCUUCUAAGUAUGGCCCCCAUCUAUUUAACUACUUUAAGCACUACUUAAUGUACACGUAUUCUUUUACUCAAUUCAUGUACAUCGAUUUGACAUCAAUAUCAGGUGAGCCCGACAACAUGGAGGACUUCAUGACGAGGUACAAGAUAUGGUCUGAGAACAAGACCGUAUGCGCCGGUCGUUCUAGUAAAUCAAUUUGUAUUCAAAGUACAGGUAACUUUAUUAGGCCGAUUCGAUGA